CCGAGCGCUGAGACCAAGGGCUAAAGCUGGGAGAUUGAAAAAUGCAGACCACCAAGACACUGCUCGUUACUCCAGUUCUGAUCCGCUCCUGUACCAGGGGUCUAAUCAGGCCUGUGUCUGCCUCCCUCUUGAGUAGACCAGAGGCCCCAUCUAAACAGGUUAAACAGCCUUCCUGCAGCAGCUUCCCUCUCCAGGUGGCCAGACGGGAAUUCCAGACCAGUGUUGUUUCCCGGGACAUUGACACAGCUGCCAAGUUUAUUGGUGCUGGGGCUGCCACAGUUGGUGUGGCUGGAUCCGGGGCUGGCAUCGGAACAGUGUUUGGUAGCUUGAUUAUUGGCUAUGCCAGGAACCCGUCUCUCAAGCAACAGCUCUUCUCCUAUGCCAUUCUGGGCUUUGCCCUGUCUGAGGCCAUGGGGCUCUUCUGUUUGAUGGUCGCCUUCCUCAUCCUCUUCGCCAUGUGAGGCUCCAUGGGGUCACCCAGCCGUCCCUGCUGCUUCGACUCCACGCCGGUCCUGGUGCUGGAGUGUGCUGAGCUUUACCAUUAAACAACAACG